GGAAGACCCCCCCCACCCCGUCUCUGCCUUUCUCUGUAACUCUGUCUUUCAGAUAAAUAGAUCUCUAAAGAGAGAGAGAGAGGUCUUCCAUCUGUUGGUUCACUCCACAGAUUGGCUGCAACAGCUGGAGCUGGGCCAGUCCGAAGCCAGGAGCUUCCCCAGGUCUCCCACGCAGGUGCAGGGGCCCAAGGAUUGGGCCAUCUUCCACUGCUUUCCCAGGCCACAGCAGAGAGCAGGAUGGGAAGUGGAGCAGCUGGGACUCGAGCCAGCGCCCGCAUGGUCGCCAGUGCUGCAGGUGGCGGCUUCACUGGCCACGCCACAGCGCCGGCCACGCCGAUGGGAUUCUCUCUUGUGACUGUAGUUACAGUCAUAGCGAUGGCGUGAAGAAGCAGCCCUUAGGGUGACAGGGACUUCAGGAUUCAGCGUUGACUUAGGUGUGAAUUUUGAGCCACUUUGGCCACCACGAAUCUUCAUACACCUCUCAAAAAGGAGGCGUUAGCAGGAGGAAACAGUGUCCGUGCUGGGGUCCGGCAUUGGAGACACCCUGUCCUGCAGCCCACAGGCAAACACGGGGUGCAGAAUCCUGCGGCCAGCAGUGUCUGCCUCGGCCCACGUGAGGGGCCCCGGCCCCCGGGACCCGCGUGUCUGGGAGGAGCAGCAUCACCGUGGCUGGGUAAGGCGGCUGGCGUCUGACCCGGAGCCAGCAAAUCCAGCCCCGGGGUGAAGGCCUUGCGCAGGGCAGGGCAGGGCGCCGCCGCCAGCCCUGGGUGCUUGUCACUGCGGGCCUGCGCUGACCGCCGCCAGCCCUGGGUGCUUGUCACUGCGGGCCUGCGCUGACCGCCGCCAGCCCCAGGGCGCCGCAGUGCCCGCGGGUGACACAGCGGCCCGGGCUCCCAUCAGACCAGAGACCGCGCCCCCUGGCCAGGUGUGAUCUGUCGCAGGCCCAGGUCUGUUCCUUGAAGGUCAGUGGGAGCUGCUGCGGCCUCCAAGUCCCGCCUCCUGCCUUCCCUCCACGGGUGCUGAGGCCGUGGGAGACAGCGCCCUCUUCUGCCAGCGCUGCGCAUGCGCGUCCUCUCUGAGCGUGCCCUGGUUCCAGUGCAUUUGUUAAGGAUUUUUUUCCUUUAUUUGACAGGCAAAGCGACAAAGAAAUAGAGGAGAGAGCGAGAGCGAGAGAGAGAGAGAGAGAGGUGCAUCUCCCCUCUGCUGCUGGCUCGCUCCCCAAAUCCCUGCCGCAGCCUGCUCUGAGCCGGGAACUCCUGGGCGCUCCGGUGGGCGGCAGGCCCCCCCCGCCCCCCCGUGGCCUGAGCCGUCCAGCAGGAAGCCGGGCCAGACGGAACCGGCUCUCUGGUGCGGAAUGUGGGUGUCUCGGGCGGAGGCCGCGCCCGCCGCGCCACGUCGCCGGCCCCUCGGCUGCUGCGGCCCAGCGAUGCCCUUCUCUGCAGCUGAAGGACAGCUCUGGUGCGCGGUGCCCUUGGCCGCCACGCGUGUCCGCCUGUGCCGCCGGCGCAGUCUGGUGAGCCGGCACGUCCUGGUGCCGUCGCUUCCUUUCUCCUGCCCUGGGGAGGAUCCGCUGGUGACCGCUGAGCUUGGCGAGCUGGUGCUCACGGCGUGCGGUAGACUUGGCUGGGCCGGGCUGAGUCUCACCUGCCCAGCCCUGAUGGGUCUAUCUUUCUGUAGCUUUGGGACGUUUUCGGGUCUCUCUUGGAGGUGCUGCGUGCUCAGUCUCGGCAGCCCCUGUUGGGGGAGGCGUGGUUGGUGUAACAGCUGUGACACCCACAUUCCGCAUCCCAGUGGCUGUGUUCGCCUCCCAGCCCCGCGCCCUGUUCCAGCUCCUGCCGAGGCGAGAGCCAGGGAGUCAGCAUGACGGCUGCGGUAGUGGGGCCCCUUCCACCCACAUGGGAGAGCCAGACUGGAUCCCUGGCGUCCGCUGGGCCCUCCCAGUCAUCGCAGGUGUUUGGGGAGUGAGCCAGCAGGUGGCAGAUCGCGCUCUCCCUCUGCCUCUCAAAUGAUAGCAACUUAUUAUUAUUUAUUUGAGAGGUAGAGUUACAGACAGUGAGAGGGAGAGACAGAGAGAGAGGUCUUCUGUCUGCUGGUUCACUCCCCAAAUGGCCACAACGGCCGGAGCUGCGCUGAUCUGAAGCCAGGAGCCAGGAGCCUCCACCGGGUCUCCCAUGCGGGUGCAGGAGCCCAAGCACUUGGGCCAUCCUCCACUGCUUUCCCAGGCCACAGCAGAGAGCUGGAUCCGAAGAGGAGCAGCUGGGACCAGAACUGGCACCCACAUGGGAUGCAGACGCUGCAGCGGAGGAUUAACCUACUGUGCCACAGCACCGGCCCCUCAACUAAUAAUAAUUUAAAAACACCCUCCUGAAUCUCAGUAACUUAGAUACCUGCCCCCUUUUUUUUAAAGGAAAGGGUUUAUUGGUGGGGAACCCGACAGACCGGAGGGAAGGGGUGGAGAAGGAGAAAGACGGAGGAGAGCGUGAGAGAGAUCCAGGGAGAGGGGAGCGCUCCUUUACUGUCGUCCUGCAGUUCCCGUAGGCUCGCUCCUUCCUCCUCAUUAUCUUUAUUCUCUGCCUGUUUGAGCUCACUGGUUCUUUAUUCUGCUUGAUCUUCUGUACUUUUUUUUUAAAAAAAGAUUUAUUUUUAUUUAUUUGAAAGAUUACAGAGUUCACUCCCCAAAUGGCUGCAACGGCCAGAGCUGCGCAGAUGCAAAGCCAGGAGCCAGGAGCUUCUUCCGAGUCUCUGACGCGGGUGCAGGGGCCCAAGGACUCGGGCCAUCCUACACUGCCCUCCCAGGCCGUAGCAGAGAGCUGGAUCAGAAGAGGAGCAGCCGGGACUAGAACCAGCACCCACAUGGGACGCCGGCGCUCAGGCCAGGGCAUUAACCCGCUGCGCCACAGCGCCAACUCCUCUCCUGUACUUUUGAUGCCUUUUAUCACAUUUUUAAUUUCAUUCAAUGUGUUUUAUACUCAAAACCUUCUACUUGAUAUUUUUUAAAAAGCUUUUUUUUUUUUUUUAGUUUUUUGAAAGUGUGUCACACAGACACACACACGCGCACACACACACAGAUCUUCCAUCCUCUGGUUCACUCCCCAAAUGCCUACAGCAGCUGGACCUGGGCCGGGCUGAAGUCAGGAGCCAGGAACUCCAUCCGGGUCUCCUACGUGGGUGUCAGGAACCCAGGCACCUGGGCCAUCACCUGCUGCCUCCCAGGCGCGUUAGCAGGAGGCUGGAUCAGAAGAGCGGAGAAGCCGGGACUUGAACCAGGCGCUCCGGUGUGGGCUGCAGCUGCCCCCAGGAGCAGGCUAGCCUGCCGCACCAGAGCAUUCCAUGUUGACGUCUGAAAAGUGCUUCUGCCGCCCUGUUAAGUGUCUCUGUUAGAGGAGUGCAUCAUUUCUCUGCAGUUUUCUGAAUCUCAUAGUUUCCUUACAACCGCAGUUUGAAAUUCCGUUCCGAGCGUUCGUGUCCGUCAGUUACGUCCUGGUCUGAUUCUGCCGCCUCACUUUGUUCACCAGUGAGCUCGUGGUUCUCUGCCGCAUGACACUGUCCACCCCUGGAGGGACUAGGACAUUUUCCCAGUCUUCCAGAUCUGGACUGGUGCCGGCCCUUCGCUUGUUUUCUCUGGGCCGUGACACUUCCAUCAUUCUAGCACUAGAUGGCGCCCCAAGUCACGGUCUGCUCUUGGUGUAUUGUCUCGGUGUCAGCACCAGAGGGCGCCCCAUCCCACAUCCACGGUGGGUUGUUGAGAAGGUGCUGGCCUCAACCAGAGGCUUUGGGCUCUGUCGGGUGCUGGUCUCUCCAGGCAAGCCAGGCACUUAGCUCCACUGCAGAGCUGUACUGACUCCCACCCUGUCCCCAGAGGCUGGGGUGAGGGGUCCAGUGCCAGCCUGCUCGGGGUUUCAAGCCUGAAGUCUGGACUUGGUUCCUUCUCCCUCCCCACGGCGGGAGGCAUGGAGCUCGGGUUGGAGCUGGAGCAGCGGUGACGCCGAGUCUCUGUGCUGCCUUCUCCAGUGCCUGCUUUCCCGAAACUACGGUACAGCCAGGCCCUGUGAGCUCCUGCCGGGGCCCCAGCUCUGUGGCACCAGCUCUGAGUGCUGUCCUCUCCGGUCAACUUCGCCUCGGCCUCUCUGCCUGUCCCACCCUCGUAGAUCUCUCCCUCCUUGGUUUAACCUUUCCGGAGCUGGGUCUGCCGCUCCCCUCCUUCUCUGUGCCCCGUCCUGGCCGGGCAGGCCGCCCCUGCCAACAACAGGAACAUGCGGCGGGGCAGCGGCUGGAGCGAGGUGAGGAGCUCGGACUGGGGCGCGCCCGCUGCGCCCUCCGUUCGCCUGUCUGCAGCCUGGCCGGUGCUGCUGAGCCGUGCUCCUGGGGGCCAGGCGGGGCCCAGCUGGCUUCUGGACAAGACAGGGCGGAUGCUGUGGCGCAGUGGUUAAGCCACUGACUGCGAUCCGGCAACCCAGAUGAUCACUGGUUCGAGCCCCGGCUGCUCCACUUUGGAUCCAGCUCCUGUCCUGCACCUGGGAAAGCAGCAGAGGAUGGCUGAGUGCCUGGGCCCCUGCCCCCACGUGGGAGACCUGGAUGGCUUUGGCCUGGCCCAGCUCUGGGUAUUGCGGCCAUCUGGGGAGUGAACUAGCAGAUGGAAGAUCUCUCUGUCUCCCCCUCUGUCACUCGGCCUUUCAAAUAAGUAAAUGGGCCAGCGCUGCGGCUCACUAGGCUAAUCCUCCGCCUGCGGCGCCAGCACCCUGGGUUGGGGUGCCGGAUUCUGUCCCGGUUGCCCCUCUUCCAGUCCAGCUCUCUGCUGUGGCCUAGGAGGGCAGUGGAAGAUGGCCCAAGUGCUUGGGCCCUGCACCCCAUGGGAGAGCAGGAAGAAGCACCUGGCUCCUGGCUUUGGGUCGGCACAGCGUGCUGGCCGUGGCAGCCAUUUGGGGGGUGAACCAACGGAAGGAAGACCUUUCUCUCUGUCUCUCUCAGUCUAACUCUGCCUGUUAAAAAAAAUAAGUAAAUGAAUGUCUUUUUUUCCCCCAAAAAUAUAGAUAAGAGCUUGAAGAGGGGCCAGGUAGGUGCCUUAUUUAACAUGAUUUCAAGUGUGUUCUGGAACUUGGGCUCCCAGGUGCAGUGCUGGGGCCUGGCACUAGGUGGCAGCAGGGACCAGAGGACCCAGACCUUGCUCCUCCGCCCGAGGCCUGGGAUGGAGAAGCGAGACUGAUUUCCUGAGGCAGUCCCGUGUGGGCGUCUGCAGUGUGCUCUCUGUUAAGUCUCCCCUGUCGGCGUGGCUGAGUGAUUCCAUUUGUGGCUGAACACUGCUGAGGCCCACACGCUUUGGGUGAUGCCCCGUGUUUAUGUGCCCGGAGCGUCAGCCUGGAGGCCAUAUCACACUGGCUGUGCUGUCGGCCCCUGAGUGUGCGCUGACGCGGCUCCCGCCUGACUGCGCGCGUUCCUGCACAGCCUGUGCGUGAGACGCUGGCGGUCGGGUAAUCAGUAGGACAGCGAAGUGCCAAGGUGUUGGGAGCCCAUCCCGUGUUCCCCAGCAAGAAGGCAUGCGUGCCUGGGCCUGUGCCCAGCGCUGUGGGGGCCGAGCUGGCCCAGACACCAGCCCUGACAUCUGGAGCUCGGGCAGGUGCGCGGAGUGGGGAGCGCCGGGCCAACCCCAGCAGGGAUGUGUGACAAGUGCACUGGUGAGGGGAUGGGGCCCAGGUAGUCACCGUCACACGUGUAGGAGAGGCCGGGAGCCUCCGGGAGGAGCUGGUGUGGAGCUUAGUCAGGGAGAAGGCGGAAUCAGCACCCCAGGCCACAGCCCUGAGUGCACGCGGCCAGGGAAGAGCGAGAGAGCCCAGCUUUCUCCUGGGCAGCCCUGGGAGUGCCCGGGAGCGAGGUGCUGCUGUGGUCCAGAGUGAGGGCAGAGCGGGCCCAGACAGCAGGGACAGUGAGGAGCUGGGAGAGAGGCCGUGCCAUGCAGAGGUGGUGCCUGUGUGGUCAGCGCGGGAGAAGGCAGGCUCAGGACGGGCGAGUGCAGCCUUGGUCCCGCUGAGUGUGGAAAGCUAUGGCACUGGGUGAGGGUUCUGGAGCGGAGCUGCGACGGGGCUUACGGAGAUGGCCAGAGGGCUGGGAGCCCUGGGGAGCAGCGCCUGAGCUGGACAGUGAACGUGCACCUGGAACCAGGGGGCGAGAGGGCCGCGGAGGCACAGAGGAGAGCUUGGGGGGAGCCCCGUGCCAGAGAGACGUCUGCGCUCCUGCUUCCGGCCCACUUGACACGACCCCAAGAAAAACAGGAGUGGGAUUGGCCGCAAGGGCUGAUUGUCGUGUCGGGGUCCCACAGGGGCCGGCAGAGCAUGCAAGCCUGGGCAGUGUUCCUUGGCCAGUGUGGGGGCCGUCUCCAGGGGCAUGAUGGGCAGGUGUGUCUGGGUGGGCGGAUGCAGGAAGCCCGCAGAGACACAGGAUGUGGAGAGAGGGUGGUGCACACGUAAGGGUGUGUGUGCUUGUGUGUGCCCGCAGGCGCCUGUGUGGUUUGUGCGUGACUGUGAGUGAUGCAGACGUGCGUAUGUGAGUUCUUGCUGUAAGGACAGUCACAUCUUACCCUCUGGCCCCUCCUUCUGGGGAGUUCCCCCCACUGACCCUGCCUGGGAAACUGAGGCUGGAGUGGUGGGAGACCGGUGAGGGGUGAGGGCCGUGCAGGCACCUUUAACCUGCCCGGCUCCGUGUCUCACACUGGAAGACGCCAAGUGUGGGCUCUGGACUGGGGGUUGGCAGAGGGGAGUCUGUCUGUAUGCCACGCUCUCCGGCAUCCAGAACAUUCUCCCUGCCCUCUACACAUCCCUGACGUGGCAGCACAGCACCGCCGUGAGCCCGGGCCUGGGCGUGGGGGCGCCCGGGCCGGCUGAGAGGAUGGAGAGGACGCUGGCCGACUCCGGCCUUGGUUGUCCAGAGGGGAGCACUUUCUCUACGAAGUCUUCUUCCCCGAGGCGCCCAGCUGUGAGCUCCUGCACACACAGCUGCUCUGUGCUUGUUCUCUUUCAGUUUGCAGAAGUCACUGACCUGUCUGACAGGUAGAGUGACAGAGUGAGGAAGAAAUCCCCCACCCGCUGGUUGACUCUCCCAGUGCCCACAACAGCCAGGGCUGGGCCAGGCCAAAGAGGAGCCAGGAACCCCAUCCAGGUCCCCAUGUGGGUGCAGGGACCCACGGCCUUGAGCCGUCUUCCGCUGCUUUCCCAGGCGCAGUCGCGGGAGCGGAGCAGCCACCGGACUGGCACCUGGUCAGGGCACUGGCCUUGGAAGCAGCAGCCUCGCUCGCCGCGCCACAGCGCCGCCCCAUUUCAAGUCUGUGACUGGGUAGCAUGUUCCUAUCACUGAAAAGUUAGAAAAUCAGUUUAAAAAGUGUAACUUCAGAAGUUGCACUCCCAACCACCUGUUAAUGCCCCCGCUCCUUAUUUUACCAAUUUAUUACUUUAAAAAAUUUACCUGUUUGAGAGAGAGAGAGAGAGAGAGAGAGAGAGCGAGCGAGCGCACGGCCAUCCACUGGUCACUGCCCCAGAGGCUGGGGCCAGGGCCUGGAACCCGACCUCAGUACAGGGCUCCCGCCUGGGAGGCCGGAGCCGGGUCGUCAGCUGCCUCCCCCCAGGUUGGCGUCUGCAGGAGGCUGGAGCUGGGAACCCACCCCAGGCACUGAUGUGGGACGCGGGCCUCCACCCCCGGGCCACACGCCCCUCCUGUUCCUGUCUUCGCCUUGGUUGGGCUCCUGCCCCUGGAGAGGUCGGUGCUGCAGCCGAGAUGCCCACCCAGCUGGAGAUGGCCAUGGACACCAUGAUCAGGAUCUUCCACCGGUACUCGUGCAAGGAAGGAGACAGAUUCAAGCUGAGCAAGCGGGAGCUGAAGCUGCUGCUGCAGCGAGAGCUCACGGAGUUCCUGUCGUGCCAGAAGGACCCCCAGUUGGUUGACAAGAUCAUGCACGACCUGGAUGCCAACAAGGACAACGAAGUGGACUUCAACGAAUUCGUGGUCAUGGUGGCAGCCCUGACUGUGGCUUGUAACGAUUACUUUGUAGAGCAGCUGAAGAAGAAAGGCAAGUGAAGACAGGUGGCCGCUCCCGCACGGGCACACGCCUGGCCCAAGGCCUCGGCUGGCCACUCAGGUCUGUAGACCAGCGACAUCACCUGUAGAUACGCUAGACAGGCCGCUGCUUGCUAGUGCUGUUACGUUAUGUGUGCCUUCAUGGACUGACUUCACAGAACGACUCCAAGUCCCCUGUGCCCCACCUAGAAUUUGCCCGUAUUAUCACAGAUGUUUCUUACAUGUUCUUUUUGUUUGUCAGAAAGUUAGCUACUUGGAAACGAGGCCAGCACCAGGCAAAUGUCUGAGACAGAUGCUGUCAUCCGUAAGUUAUAUUCUACGUCCGCCCUGUUGCCGAGUGCCCUGGCGCUCUGUGGUCCUCCUUCCCGCGGGGCAGCGGGUGCGGCUGAGCGCAGGACGGCAGAGCAGUCACGGAGUGGGCCAGGCUGGGGAGGGGCAGGCUCAUGGCCAGGAGCUGAUGCCGCAAACACAGGGCCCUGGGUCUGAGCGGCCUCCCUUCUGCAAAGGAGAAUUCCCAACAAGCCGUCCUGCCGUCACCUGGAGCUUCCCUCUGCGGAAGGCUCAGCAGCCCCAGGGCCCCCUUCGCCGCCUUGUCUCCCCAUACAGCACAGCCCCGCUUCCUGCCCCUCGCAAAUAAAUGGCUGCUUGUGAA